CAGCUGGGGGCUGUACCCACAAUGCCGUGCGGCUCUGCCCGCUCCGCUCCAUCAUGGAGGCGGCCGCCGCAGCUGGCGCAGCUGGCGCAGCCCCGCCGUCCGCUGCCGGUCGGCCCCGCAGCCCCUGAGCCCCGCGCACCCCUCGGGCUACAGCAUGAGCGGCGGCAGCGGGGGCGGCUCCUCGGCACCCGGCCGCUUCGCCGACUACUUCGUGAUCUGCGGGCUGGACACCGAGACCGGGCUGGAGCCGGACGAGCUCUCCGCUUUAUGCCAGUAUAUACAGGCCUCUAAAACCCGAGAUGGUGUCAGCCGUUUCAUUUCAAGUGCAACAGAAGGGGAAAACUUUGAACAGACUCCAUUAAGACGCACAUUUAAAUCCAAAGUUCUUGCUCGCUAUCCUGAGAAUGUUGAAUGGAACCCUUUUGACCAGGAUGCAGUGGGAAUGCUGUGUAUGCCUAAAGGGCUUGCUUUCAAGACACAAGCAGAUUCCAGAGAACCUCAGUUCCACUCUUUUAUUAUUACUCGUGAAGAUGGCUCACGGACAUUUGGAUUUUCUCUCACGUUUUUUGAGGAAGUUACUAGCAAACAGAUCUGCAGUGCAAUGCAGACGUUGUAUCAUAUGCACAAUGCUGAAUAUGACAUUCUUCAUACUCCACCCACAAAUGACAAAGAUAGCUGCUGCAGCAGCACUGGAGACUGCAAUGGCACUUCUGUUUCAAAGCUACAGCGUUUUAACUCCUAUGACAUCAGCAGAGACACACUGUAUGUCUCAAAGUGCAUUUGUCUGAUUACUCCAAUGUCUUUUAUGAAAGCUUGUAAGAAAGUGCUAGAACAACUUCACCAAGCAGUGACUUCACCUCAGCCACCACCUCUACCUUUAGAAAGCUACAUCUACAAUAUUCUUUAUGAGGUUCCUCUUCCUCCAGCAGGAAGGUCGUUAAAAUUUUCAGGUGUUUAUGGACCAAUUAUCUGCCAGAGGCCAAGCACCAGUGAACUACCAUUAUUUGAUUUUCCUGUUAAAGAAGUGUUUGAAUUGCUUGGAGUAGAAAAUGUGGUUCAACUCUUUACCUGUGCCCUCUUGGAAUUUCAGAUACUGCUUUAUUCACAGCAUUAUCAGAGACUGAUGACUGUGGCAGAGACCAUCACAGCACUAAUGUUUCCAUUUCAGUGGCAGCAUGUAUAUGUUCCUAUCCUUCCAGCAUCCCUGCUUCAUUUUCUAGAUGCUCCUGUCCCUUACCUUAUGGGCUUGCACUCUAAUGGGCUGGAUGACAGGUCUAAGCUGGAACUUCCUCAAGAGGCUAAUCUGUGCUUUGUGGAUGUAGACAACCAUUUCAUCGAGCUGCCAGAAGACUUACCCCAGUUCCCAAAUAAACUUGAGUUCAUUCAGGAAAUUUCAGAGAUACUAAUGGCUUUUGGAAUUCCACCUGAGGGAAACCUUCACUGCAGUGAAAGUGCCUCCAAGAUGAAGAGCCUCAGAGCGUGUGACCUGGUUUCUGAUAAAAGAAAUGGGAACAUAGCAGGAUCACCUUUGAAUUCCUAUGAGCUGCUAAAGGAAAAUGAGACUAUUGCAAGACUCCAAGCGCUUGUUAAAAGAACAGGUGUGAGUCUAGAGAAGCUGGAGGUGCGAGAGGAGACCAGUAGCAAAAAGGAUCUUAAAAUUCAGUGUGAUGAAGAAGAAUUCAAGAUUUACCAGCUGAACAUUCAAAUCCGUGAAGUUUUUGCCAACCGGUUUACACAAAUGUUUGCAGAUUAUGAAGUAUUUGUCAUUCAACCCAGUCAGGACAAGGAAUCUUGGUUUACAAACAGGGAACAGAUGCAAAACUUUGAUAAAGCAUCUUUCUUGUCGGACCAGCCUGAACCUUACUUGCCUUUCCUCUCGAGAUUCCUGGAGACCCAAAUGUUUGCAUCUUUUAUCGACAAUAAGAUUAUGUGCCACGAUGAAGAUGACAAAGACCCUGUUUUGAGAGUGUUUGAUUCUAGAGUGGAUAAAAUUAGGCUGCUAAAUGUUAGGACACCAACUCUGCGCACAUCUAUGUAUCAAAAGUGCACAACCAUUGAUGAGGCUGAGAAAUCUAUUGAAUUAAGGCUAGCGAAAAUAGAUCACACUGCAGUCCACCCACACUUGCUGGACAUGAAAAUUGGACAAGGGAAAUACGAGCUUGGAUUUUUCCCCAAGCUUCAGUCUGAUGUUUUAUCCACUGGACCAGCAAGUAACAAGUGGACAAAGAGAAAUGCUCCUGCACAGUGGAGGCGGAAGGACAGGCAGAAGCAACACACAGAGCACCUGCGUCUUGACAACGAUCAGAGAGAGAAGUAUAUCCAAGAAGCGAGGAAUCUGGGCAGCACUAUUCGGCAGCCCAAACUGUCUAACCUCUCGCCAUCAGUAAUUGCGCAAACAAACUGGAAGUUUGUAGAAGGCUUGUUGAAGGAAUGCCGAAAUAAGACCAAGAGGAUGUUGGUUGAAAAAAUGGGUCGAGAAGCUGUGGAGCUAGGUCAUGGUGAAGUGAAUAUCACAGGUGUAGAAGAGAAUACCCUGAUAGCCAGCCUGUGUGACCUCUUAGAAAGGAUAUGGAGCCACGGUCUGCAAGUCAAACAGGAUAGAAGCUGUACUGCUUUCGUCUUAGAAGACAGAGCAUCAGUAUACUCUGCUUCAACUCAGAUUUGGGCCUUUCAGACCACCAGACGGCCAACCCUACAUAAGGGAAAGUCUGCUUUGUGGUCUCAUCUGUUACACUACCUAGAAAACAGGCAGAGAAAAACUACAUCAGGCAGCUUCAGUACCUCAGGAAUACUUCUUGAUUCAGAAAGGAGAAAGUCUGAUACCAGUCCAGCCAUGUCACCUCUUAGAAUUUCUCUCAUCCAGGAUAUGAGGCAUAUCCAGAACAUUAGUGAGAUCAAAACAGAUGUUGGCAAGGCCAGAGCCUGGGUUCGUCUCUCUAUGGAAAAGAAGUUGCUCUCUAGGCAUCUAAAACAGCUGCUUUCAGAUCAUGAACUCACAAAAAAACUCUACAAGCGUUAUGCAUUCCUCCGCUGUGAUGAUGAGAAAGAACAAUUCUUAUAUCAUCUCCUGUCAUUCAAUGCUGUUGAUUACUUUUGCUUUACCAAUGUUUUCACAACAAUCUUGAUACCAUACCAUAUACUGAUUGUUCCUAGCAAGAAACUUGGUGGCUCAAUGUUUACAGCCAAUCCUUGGAUCUGUAUCUCAGGAGAACUGGGUGAAACAGGAGUCCUGCAGAUUCCCAGGAAUAUAUUAGAAAUGACUUUCGAGUGCCAGAACCUGGGAAAACUGACCACCGUGCAAAUAGGACAUGAUAAUUCAGGGCUGUAUGCCAAGUGGCUAGUGGAAUAUGUUAUGGUCAGAAAUGAAAUAACAGGGCAUACUUACAAGUUUCCCUGUGGAAGGUGGCUUGGAAAAGGAAUGGAUGAUGGCAGCUUGGAGAGGAUCCUGGUGGGAGAGUUGCUGACUUCCCACACUGAGGUUGAUGAGCGGCAGUGCCGAACCCCUCCUUUGCAGCAGUCACCAAGCAUGAUCAGAAGAUUUGUCACUAUAUCGCCAAACAAUAAGCCAAAGUUAAAUACUGGUCAGAUACAAGAAGCUAUUGGUGAAGCUGUCAAUGGUAUUGUCAAGCAUUUCCACAAGCCAGAGAAGGAGAGAGGCAGUCUGACACUGUUGCUGUGUGGAGAAAGUGGACUUGUUUCAGCUCUUGAGCAAGUGUUUCAGCAUGGAUUUAAAUCACCAAGGCUCUUCAAAAACGUCUUUAUUUGGGACUUUUUAGAAAAAGCACAAACAUACUAUGAGACCCUUGAGCAGAAUGAAAUGGUCCCAGAAGAGAACUGGCAGAUAAGGGCCAGGAAUUUCUGUCGUUUUAUCACUGCUAUCAACAACACUCCUAGAAACAUUGGGAAGGAUGGCAAGUUUCAGAUGCUGGUGUGUCUUGGAGCCAGAGACCACCUUUUGCAUCACUGGAUCGCCCUGCUUGCAGACUGCCCGAUCACAGCACAGAUGUAUGAAGACAUAGCACUGAUUAAGGAUCAUACUCUUGUGAAUUCUUUGAUUCGAGUGCUGCAGACCUUGCAGGAGUUCAACAUUACGCUGGAGGCAUCUCUUGUCAAAGGAAUCGAUAUUUGACCUCUUGUCCCACAGGAAAAACUGUCUUUAAAAAAAAAAAAAAAAAGGAAAAAGCAACAAGGAGUGAAUCUUAGUAUGCAAAAGUUCUGUCUGCCAGUACAUUGUAUCGGGAACUUGUUCAUGGCCCUAAAAUGCAACCUUGACUUUUUUUGAAGGGAACUCCAAAAAUAGUACAGGCAAAUGGAUAGAAGCUGUAAACUCAAUGUAAAAAAGAGGAUUUUGGUAUAAAUCUAUUUUAGAGUUUAUUUGCUGAUUUGCUUUUUACACACUUUCAUGUGAAAGAGAUAGAGAUGAGUAUUGUGCAGCUUAUUUUAAAGCUGCAGUAUUUCCUUGCCAUAGAAAAUGUGCAGUGAGCCUUUCAGCAUUCUGUGAACUUGCCUUCAGAUAUGCUGUAUGUCAUAGACCCCGAUGUAUACACCCCAUUUCUGCUGAGAAGGUCAUUCUAUAGUUUUUAAACUAAUAUUUUAUAUAUUAACAUUAUUACCAAUAUUUGAUUUUUAACGUAUCAGGUCAUGUUCUGCUGCAAGGGAACUACAAAUAUGAUGUGUGCUUUUUUUUAAUGGCUCCAAAGCACUGAUUUGUCAACAAAUCAUUUUUUCCUUUAUUUUUGUUGUCAGUAUUAUUUUUAGUGAAAUCCAGGAGACUGAACCAUGAAAUGUGCAGAGAUCAAAGUAAUAUUUUUCAUAUUGGUACGUAAUUGCACAGAAGAAAUUAAGCGUGUUUUUUAACUGAUGUUUUUUAUUUAUUUAACCUAUCAUUGUGUUUUGUAAGUUUGUCUUUAAAAAAAAAAUCUUCUAUGAUACAACUGGCUAUAUUACAUUGCAAUUCAGAAUUCACAGUGCAGCCCACUUAAAUGAAAAACCUGGAAUAAUUGUUCAUAACACAAAAAUGUUUCCACUUGGACCAGCCUUUUGAAGUUCGGUAUAUGGUUGCUGCUGGUAAUUCUCUUAACUGCUAAUAAAGAGGGACAUGAGCUCCCCAAAUGCCAGAUGACUAAAUAAAGAUGUUUAUGCCCCCAUGAAAUAAUAAUGGUAUGCCUUACUAACAAAUAUAAGGAUUUCUUAAUUUUUCUGAAGACAGUGAGUAGUAAGGUUUUUUGUUUUCCUUUUGAAUGAAUACAUCUUGGGUCCUGUUGUUACAGUCUGUUUCAUUUGGGAUGCUUUUGUUUUUAGCAGAGAAAGCUUUAGUCCACAUCUACAAUAAAACACGAACAUUUCGAAAGCUUGGUUUAUUGGAGAUCUGGAACUUGGCAAAUGCCUAAAGGCAUCUGUGUUCAUUUGAAUCCUCUGAUAAAAAUCUCUUUGAAAUGAAUAUGUAACUGAAGAACAGGCUGAUUUAUCAGCAUCGCAAAUUACUGUACAGAAAUUCAGGGCUGUGUAUUUAAGAGGUCUCCACUGUAUAAACUUAUCUCAGUAUUGUCUCUCUUUUGAGAAGCAAAGUCCAAAUUUUUUCAGUUCAUACAAUGUCGUAGCACCUUUUCUUUACCUACAGCUUAGUCACAUCUUGUGAUAGUUUUAUUUCCAUAAUUUAUAAGUAUAGCACAUGUAUUAAUUUUUUGAGUAUUUUUACUUUUGUCCUAUUUAUUUCAUUAUUAAACUGAGAAGUUCCUUUGUCACUCCUUAUUAGAGCAAGAUUCUUUUUUGAUUUCACAGUAGCAUUAGGAAGAUGCAAGGGCAAUGUCCAAGCCGCUCCUCAUGCUGAGUGGGUGCGAUUUCUUUCACGGUCUGGAGCUUACAGGAACAUUUCACAGAAGUAUUUUGUGUGUGCAGAUUUGGUUUUGUUGGGUUUUUUUCCCAUCUUUGGAAGGGAAAAAAUAACACAGAUGUACUUUAUUCUAAGAAUUUCAUGUAUUCAACUUAAUAUGUUGGGAUAAUCUUUAUACACUUGCCCCAAAUUGCUUAUUUAUGUAUUCAUAAUAGCAAAAAAAAUUUUUUUACAGUGCUUUCAGCUAUAUUUAAGAUCACUUUACUAGACCUGUGGAUUUCACGGGGAAGACGUCUACGGAAGAAAGGAAGGUUGGAUUAAUUAUCUUGACCUUAACAGAAUAGUUGAUACUGUUAAAACCAUAUCUCUCAUAGUAUUAAGUAUGGAUUAAUUUUAUCUUGCAUGAGGUAAUUAUCCCUGAAUUAAGGUUUGUGGGGUUUCUCUUUUUUUUUUUUCUUUACAGAAGUUCAGCUAGUGUGGUAUGAUACCAUUGGUUUAAUGGCUGGCUUUGGUGCGGAUCUUUGUGGCCUCGUUAUGACAGUUAGUGAUACCUGGGAUGGACAUAGGCUGGGGUUUGCUGGUUCCCAAGUUGGGGUUCUUUGGCUAGCACAUGAAGAUGAAUCUGUCCCUCACUGACAGCACCCUGUUGUGCUAGCUGUCCCGAUGCAAAAGGAAGAUGCAGAAGUCACCUUCCCAGCUCCUCAGUUACUUUAUUUUCACAGGAAAGACCAUUUUGUGAUAGACCCUUCCUGCCUCUCUCACAGGGGGAACUAUGCUUAAUUCCAUUAGGAUUCAAAGCACUUUUUGGUAUGGACUUCUGAGUUUGGAAGGAUUUGCUCCACUGAAGAGUAGUAGAAGGUUCUGAAAUGCAGCAGGAAAAAAAAAUAAAAUCUUGGUUUUGUUGGAUCCAGAGGCCACCAAGGAAGACUGAGAUAUUAAAUACAGGUCUGUGGUAGCCUGUGCUAGGGUUUUGGGUAGAGAUUUGGCUGGCAUAUCUAAGAACAGUUCACUAUGGCUGUAGUAGCAGCCAUAAUCCCUACCACUCGUCAAUGUUUACCACAAACCAACCCACUUCUUUCAUUGAUGUAGCAUCAGUCCCACAGGAUAACAUUAAGAUCCAGCAUUUGCUCCUUCCAUGCCAUUCUGCUGAAUUGGAUGACUCUGUGUAAGAACAAAUGGUGUAGUCAGCAUCUUUUACAAUUCAACUAGAGCCUUGUAAAAUCCAUCCCCCUUUUUAAAACUUGCAUUACGUUUUUUGUUCAGAAAUGAGCUAUAGAAUAAUCAAUCAUAACCUUUUUUCCUGUUACUUUUCUAAAAUAAUGGAGCGGGUUUGGUAGGUGCAGGUUAAUGUGGCUAUACUGAUUUGUUAGGUGGGAUUUUUUUGUAACAGUUAAUGGGAAAAGAUCAUGGUUUUUUAACAGCAGACAUGCAUUCUGUAGAGAGAAAUGUAAUGAUAAAAAGUAGUUCAUAUUGCAGUAAAUAUAUAGUGCUAAAUUGGCCAAACAUGUUUACAGGCUGAUACCUGAUUUGAGGAAAAAUCACCUAUCAGUUAUGUAUGCUUCUUUGAUUAAUGCUGUCAGAGUUGAUACAAUGAUACUUUAUACAAAAAGAAAAUGAAAAUUAAUAAAGAUUUGUUUUAAAUGUAAUGAAAUACUAUGACGAUAAGUUUAUACAAAAAAUAGCCUUUACCUGCCAUAAACUUAACCUUCUGACAUUCUGUAGCUGCAAACAUUAAUGAACUGAAGACUAUUCCACAAUUUUUUCCAUUAUGUGAAGAGUAUUUUUCAAAUUGUUUAAAUGGGACCUACUAGCCGGAUGAUCCAUAUUUUUGAUGUGUUUUGAAUUCAUGAAUGCGUUAAGGUUUCUGCAGUGAAACUAUUCGGAGUUAACUUUUUCUGUAUAUUGUCAAAUGAUUUUUGUCCAUAGUGCAAGAUACUAUAGGAUACUUGAAAAUACUUGAAGAUAUUGUACACGUACUUCACAUCUUUGUAGCUCUUUAUUUUAUACCUAGAGAUUGGCUGUUAAACUAAGAGAAAGCAUCAAUACCUUAUAAACUAUAUAUUUUACUACAUGGGGAAAUCACUGGCUUGUUUUUUUUAAGGGUGGGCGUUGAAGUUUACAUUAUAAUGACAAAACCAGGUACUGUUUUCCUUUUUUAUUUUUCCUGUGACAUUUCAAUCCAUUGGACAUUAAAUGUGAAUUGGAUAUACAGAACAGUUUUACAGGUGUAGCUCAUUUGCUGAAUUGCAAUAAAAGUUGUCUUCUAACAU